AUGGCUAGCUCGGAUGAAACUCAGGUCCAAGCGACAAACAAACGUCCCCAUUCCGAAGUGGACGCCGCCGACAAUGGCGACGAUUCCUCUUCCGAUGACGAUUUCGGUCCCGCGCUGCCGUCCGAGGUAGCACCGAAGAAGAAAAGGCGUAAGCUGCCUUUCGAAAAGGUGUACAUCGGAGCAUUGCCCGCCUCGUCGCGCUACUCGAAAUCCCUCAUGCACAAGGACCAGUUGUCCUUUGUGACCGUGACGCCAUUUACCGAUUUUGUCAUCACAAGCUCUGUGGAUGGAGUGGUCAAGUUUUGGAAGAAGAUGGUGGAUGGAAUCGAGUUUGUCAAAGAGUUCCGAGCCCAUCCAGGUGAAAUUCGAAGCGUCAAUGUCAGUGCCGACGGACGAAGCUUUGCGACGGCGGGCACGGAUAAGACGCUCAAGAUCUUCGAUGUGAUUACCUUUGAUCUAUUAGCUAUGUACACGCUCGACUUCGUACCACGAUGUGUAUGCUGGGUUCACCGACGAGGUGCAUCUCUACCGCUGCUCGCAGUGACGGACGAGUCUAGCAAUACCUUCAAAGUGUUCGACGGCCGGGGUGAAAACCCACAGCCCCUACAUACGGUGACCUCAGUACACCGUUCACCGAUCGUCUCUAUAGCGUUCAACAAUGCCUUCGAUUGUGUUAUUUCAAGUGACGAAUCUGGAAUGGUGGAAUACUGGCGUGCGGGAGAUGGAUCUUUCGAGAAACCCGACAAUGUAUUUGAGCUCAAGUCCUCAACCAACCUCUUCGCUUUCAAAAAGGCCAAAUCUGUCGCCACGGCAAUUACCAUCUCGCCGUCUGGUGAGCAAUUUGCCACUGUUUCCUUCCCUGAUCGUCAAGUUCGUGUUUUCGGGUUUGCGACAGGGAAACUGCAUCGCACAUACGACGAGUCAAUCACUACGAUCAUGGAGAUGCAGCAAGCGGGUACCGCACCCUAUCAAUUGGAAGAGGUCGAAUUUGGACGCCGACUCGCAGUCGAACGAGAAUUAGAGGGCGAGGCGACUCGCAGCAAGGUGAAUGUGUCCUUUGAUGAAUCAGGUCACUUCUUGCUGUACGGGUCCCUGUACGGCAUCAAAUGUAUCAAUACAUACACCAACCGCGUGGUCCGAAUCUACGGUCGAGAGGAACCUUUCCGAGCCCUGAACCUGGCGCUGUACCAGGGUCAACCCCAGAAGAAGGGGGUGGUGACCGUAUCCAUGGCGGCGAGUAGCAAUCCGCUCCUCCAGGAAGCCGAAGAACGUGACGCCAUUCUCGUGAGCACUGGAUUUGCCAAAGUCCGUUUCUAUCUAUUCACCAACGAGACGGAGAUCUCGAAGAACAGCCGUGACGUGCAAAACGAGAAACCCACUCAAGUAGCUGGUGCUUCAGACGCGGGGACCAAUAAACACCAAGAGACCGGGACGGCGGCGGUCUUGCACACCACCAUGGGCGACAUUCAUUUGCGUCUGUAUCCCACUGCAGCGCCACGAACGGUGGAAAACUUCGUCACUCAUGCCCGCCAUGGCUACUACAACAACACUAUCUUCCACCGGGUGAUUCGCAAGUUCAUGAUCCAAGGCGGUGAUCCCCAAGGAGAUGGCACGGGAGGCGAAUCUAUUUGGGGCGGAGAAUUCGCCGAUGAAUUCUCGACCCUCAAGCACGAUAAACCCUACACAUUAUCUAUGGCGAAUGCUGGACCAAACACCAACGGAAGUCAAUUCUUCAUCACCACGGAAAAGACGCCUUGGCUAGACAACAAACAUACCGUCUUUGGACGAGCCGUGGCGGGCCUGGAUGUGGUUCACAAGAUCGAAAAUGUCAAGACGUAUAAGGAGAAACCCGAGGUGGACAUUAAGAUUGUCAGCAUUAGCAUUUCAUGA